UGACGUCAGCAGAGGCAGAGACCACUAGUUUCUUCUUCACCAGUCUUCUCCAUGUUCAUCAUCAUCAGUGGCACAUUCGUUAUAGCCGAGGAUAGAGCACCAUCCAGGGGUAGGGCAGCCGAACCGAGUCCCUGCGGUAGUCAUGGCAGCGCCGUUAGCCCACUUCGAUGAAGACUGGCAGGAUUUCAACGAAUUCAAGGCGGCCUCAGGGUCGCCAAACCGACUGGACCAGCUGAACUCCUCGAACGUGGCUGACACGGGCCUGGUGGAGGAUUUCUCGGACAUCGACAACAGCUUCUCGGGGGAGAUAUGUAGCUUCAAAUCAAUGGAGGACCUUGUCCACGACUUCGAUGAGAAGCUGACAGUUUGCUUCCGAAAUUACAACACUGAAACUGAAAACAUAGCCCCCAUUAAACCUAUCACAGAAGAUAAUUUCCUCAAGGACGACGACGUGUGGAAUGCUCUCACCGAUAACUACGGCAAUGUGAUGCCAGUGGACUGGAAGACCUCUCACAUUCGCUCCCUGCAUCUCCCCACUCUCAAUCUCUGUGAGCAGGGGAAGCUGGACAACAUGCCUCUUGACCUGUCUGAUGAUGAUGAGGAGCUGAGGGAACAGAUGGACAUGCACUCCAUCAUCGUGUCCUGCGUCAACGACGAGCCACUCUUCACCGUCGAGCAGGUGAUCGAGGAGAUUGAGGAGCUGAUGGAGGAGUCUCCAGACCCAGAGGAUGAUGAGAGCCCGUCCCAGUCAGACCUGUCCAUGCUCUCCCAAGACCUCAGCAACCUCAAACGCUCCAGCUCCAACACCAGCUAUGAGGACCGCCUGCAUCGUCUGUCAGUCUCAGAGCUGAGCGAGGCCUUGGAGGAGGUGGAGACGGCCAUCAGGCGCUACAGUGAGGAGCUGAUCCAGGUCCUGGCUCUGAGGGACGAGCUGGACUUUGAGAAGGAGGUGAAGAACAGCUUCAUCUCGCUGCUCAUCGAAGUGCAGAACCGGCAGAAGGAGCACCGUGAGCUGCUCCGCCAGAAGAAGAAGUCCAGGCCCACAGGCAGUGCCCUGAGGGCAGACAGGACACACGUUCCUGGGACGCUCUUCACUAUGGAGGGACUCUCCACUGUCAUUCAGAACGGCCUCCGUCAAACUUUCGGCAGCACAGGAGGGGACAAACAGUAUCUGACCACAGUUAUCCCCUAUGAGAAGAAGGCUGGUUCCCCCUCUGUGGAAGACCUUCAGAUCCUCACCAAGAUUUUGCAUGCCAUGAGGGAGGACAGUGAGAAGGUACCCAGCCUCCUAACAGACUACAUCCUCAAAGUACUGUGUCCCACAUAGACCUAGUGGAGGAGCCCCCUGUUCUAGAACAUUCUGACGGAACACUUAGGAGCUGCAGAUUUCUGGAACAUACCAAUGGAAGGAGAGCCCCCCACCCCUCUAAGGUGGCCUCUUCCUGUUGGAGUCGUCGCCCUCCCGCCACCUCUUUUCCCUCGACUUAUAAGAUUCACAUUGUAAUACCUGAUGCUUUACCUUACCUUUUUACAUGUAAUUUUUAAGUGUGUUUUAAUGUUCUAAUGCUAUAAUCUCACAUUUGUUUUGUCUUCUCUGCAUGUUAGUGUCUCUGUUAGCCUGUUGGCAGUAUUACUCUCUAUUGUCUAAAGUGUCUUUCUGUACUUAUUUUCUAUCCUCUGUUUGCACUAAUGUAAAAGAACUUGAGAGGGGAAACUAAUUCCUGUCUCUACAUUCACCAGUCUGUCUUUUCACAUCAUUAAGAAAUAGGGUGAGGAGACAAGGAGAAGUCACUUGACCACUGGAAUGCGUCUUUCCUCUGUUAGACUGGCCAAUGCCCUCUGACUGGGCUAUGUAUAUAGGAGGGAUGGGGAAAUAAGGCUUCUUGAACCUCUAUGGGUGGGAUCAGUCAUGGAGUCCAAUGGGAGCGCUCCACUUUAACAGAGAGAUCCUAUGGAUCAGAGUAAUUAAUGAUUGACAGACAUGGUAUUAGUGGGAUUCAGAAUCUCUUGUACAUUUCACAAACCCUGUCAGUUUGUCUUUGCAUGCUGGUACAUAGGAUUAGGGAGCUACACUAGUGGCAUGUUAUAAAUCAUUAUUUUGUAUACUACAAUGGGGAAAUUGCACAAAUAGAACAUGUAUUUUUAAUUGAUAACUUCUCGAAAAAGGGAAAAAAUAAUGACACAAGUUAGUUAGAAGGUAACCUGAAAGAACAAGCUUGUACAGCUUUUUAUUUUUCUGUCGUUUUAGAGAAAUUAGUGACUUUUUGCUGCCAGUAGUGUGGCCACUGAUGACAUCACCAUUCUUAUGUAAACAAUAGCUGUCAACCUCUGACCCCUCCUAGUGACAUGUUACAUUAUGACCCUGUAAACUUGCCUGCCUCAUACCUCACCUCUUAGUAUGGUACUGAAAGUUCAGGGUUAUUUGAGUAUUUCAGUGGAUAUAACACUAAUAUUAGGAUGUUGAAAUAAUGGUGUAAUUGCUGUGAGUUGAUCCUACCAUGUUGUUUUUAAAACCAAUAACUCUUUGAUGUUGUGUUGAGGAUCAAGUGAUGACGUAAUCAGUCGGUGAUCUGUUCUUGUCUAGUGGAUGUAGCAACAGUAGUAGAAAACUAAAUCGUUGUAUGUACUUAUGGAGACAAUGUAACGGAGGUAGGGAGGUUUCUGUUCAAAGACCGGAGAGAUCCUUCAAACACCAACAUUUCUAUAGACCUCUUGUCUACAUCCACAACCGCCAACCUUCACCAGCACUAUCUGUCAUGGCAACGCUAUGCUUGGUACCCCACAAACCUGUCAAAUCGUCAGCAGGUAACUAAGCUCAGUGCACAAUAAUUGCAGUCGCUCACAAACCGAUCGGGUCCAGUCUAUCACUACUCUACACCAAGAGCAGUGGUGGCGAUGUUGUUACUCUUUGUUUGGGGGGGUAUGUUUUAACAUUAGCACGCCCAGCGUCCUGCAGCUUGAGUAGCCAUGUAGUAUGUUUUGUCAGACCUAGGCCUGAGUAGUAUGAUGACAUCAGUGAUUGAUAAGGCUACAGAUAAGUAUAGGCUAGAACCUGAAGACCUAGCCAAGUGGUUGUUGUAGCAUCAGCUUGUAGCUCUAUAGUAAAACUACUGUUGUAGUAACUGCUGGACAACGUAUUUAGGAGCCGCCUGACACCUAUAGACAGCAACUAGACAUCCCAGGUAAGAAGUCUACGGUAGUGCCAGUUCUGUCCUCGCUAUUAGAAGUCGAAUCAUGGUGUCUAAUGGAAGCUUUUCCCUGGAUCAAAGUGUGACGAGGUAAUGGGUUUCUGUUGAAUGUCUCCGAAGGUAAAUUAGUUUAGUACGGGAAGCCAGCAGACAUCUAGGUACUGUACAGAAUCACAUGCAACUAUCUUUCAAUGGUAGCUAGCUUCAAAAGCAUUCACAAGCCCUAGCAUGUGCUGCAUGCACUUUUACUUCAGAUAAAUCAAACGAAUGGUAAGCAAUAAUGUCACACUAAAGGAAUCCUUAGCAUUGAACCACGUUGCAAUGAGAAAGUUAAGCCGAACUGAAAUGUAUACUAGCUUGGGUGGGGUUUGGACUCCUUGAAACGAGUCAAAUUGAGUAGUAUAAUUUGGGUUGUCUUGGAGCGGCACAGCGUUGUCACGGAGAUCAGAGAAGGUUAUUGACUCAGAUGAAGCUCUGCCCCUCUCGUCGCCUGGUCCCUCUAUUUUAGCAAACAUAUCAGCGUAUAUCCACACUUUAUCUAGAGAAUUAUAUUUAUAUAAACACAAGCAACAAAAAAGGCUGCCUUUGUAAAUGCCUGAAAUUUUGUAUAUAUAAUCUACUCAUUUAUUUUUAAUGCACUAUACUUCUUCCCCCAUUUGGGGUUUUUAUGUUUACAUGUCUUGUCAUGUGGUACUACAGUACAUUAAUUUAUUCGGUAAAUGUUUUUGUUUUGUAACCAUAGUGGUACAAACUUUUUGGGCCAGAAUUGCAUCUGGAUGGAGCUCAUUUCAAAUAAAAUUAUGAUAUGUUGACUUGGUAUCAUGCUAUUGGUUUGUAGGGUGCAUCCAUGAUCAAAAAUUGGUAUUAAAUCACCUUUUUACUCAUUUAAGUUACUAUCAAAAAUAAAUUGGUCCACACUUUUAUUAGAUACAAUCUGUACACAGAAAUUGUGCAGCGACUUAUCAAAAGGCAUUCUUACAUUCAGAGCAACAGCAAGUCAAUAUACACAUAUGUUUAUAUAAAAUGAAAACACUGUUCUCUUUGUAUUUUAGGUCAGUGUAGCUAUAAGAAAUCCCAAAACAAAUUUCAAUAUAAAUGGAUGCCUUGAUACUGCUCAUUGAAACGAAAUAGGGAAAUGUUCUCAGUGAACCUAUCUCUCUUAUCAGUUCCUCUAUCUCAUCGGGAGUCUUCUCUUUCAUGGUGACAUUUCUGUCCCUGAAUUAUGACCAAAUAGCCUGGCUUGCAAGACAAGUCCUUUUCUUGGAUUAUCUUCAGUUAGUCAUAUUUGGACUUUUAUUUUUUAUAUUCCAUUUUUUAUUUAACCCAAGAGUGCUGUUUGGUAGGUCGGUUGCAGUCAUAGUCAAAUAGGAUGUUAUUAGUGAAUGUCUAUGGCUUGCUUUGUGUACCCAUCCGACCUCCCUUUGUGAGGGGCUGCCCCUCCAGUCGACCUGUCUGACCUGACAAGGUGAGGGGUGGAUUUCAAAGGACACAGCAGGUCACAGGUUAGUGUCGGUAAACAUGGUGUGUUCCUUCCGCACCGUGCUGAAGCCUUUAAUAGUGUCGACAAACUCCUCGUCCUCCAUAAACUGGUGGAUGAUGGAUGGAAAGAGGGAGGGGGAGAAAGGAGGAGUUAAUAAACAAACAAAGAAACUUCCUCUAAGCAGGGCCUAGAUUUCGGGGUGUCUCACCAUCCCGCUGUCGUGGCCUUGAAUGUGAGAGUCCCACACUUCCUCCUCCCCUGUCAGCGACUUCCUGUCCAUCAUCUGGCUCACGCUGCGCCGCAGAGAAUUCUGGGAGUGGGCAGAGCCAUGGAUAGCGGACACGUGGAGGCUGGACACAUUAAGGAUACCCAGCUCACCCUCGGGAGGGGCGUCGCCACCUGCCCAAAACUUACUGUCCUCCACUCCCUUGGGGCACAGAUAGGAGACAAGGCAGCAAGUUACUGUUGUUCAAAAUAGACGUGUAUGUGUCUGUGGGAGAAUUUAAAUUGCACACUCCUAGUGUCCUCUCCUCAAAACCCAUUGGAGGAGAAGAUCAGAGGGGAGUAACCGCUGGCUUUCUCAUCUAAUGGGUGUUGAGAAGGAGGAGAGAGGACACGGGGAGUAUGCAAUUGAGAUUGUGCCUGCCUGGUCUCUAACCUCCAGGUGCAUGGUGAACCCUUUGAGUGUAACACUGUUGGAGGAGCUUGUUGUGUUGGGCACCGUGUCAAACUGAGAGGAGAGAGAAUGUGUUACAGAGCGAGACAUUUGACACAUAUCUCAUGUUUUCCACUGAGAUAGUCCGAAUAUACCCCAUCUGAGAUAAAAUAUUCCACCAUGUUGUAUGCAAACUCAUCUGAAUAAAGUUAAUUUCUAUAUGCUAUGAAAGUGCAUAUAGUAGAAUUAAAGUUGAAUGACCCAUCUCUUUCAUAGGAUGUUCCCACAUACCCAGUUGGGCCGUCUCACCAGGUAGGAGUCGCUGGGGGGAUACACGGCCAUGGGGCUCCUCUUCUGCAUGGACAGUGCCACCAGAGGGGGGCGCUCUCGAGUGAAUGGGGUUCUUUUCAGGGCCUUGUGCAGGAUGAUCCCCAGAACGAUAGCUAGAACCACCAGGGCUACCCCUGUCAUCAGCACAAUGAACCACAGCUCCCUGUAGAAAAGAGACCCGUCCCCGUUACCCCCCUCCGCCCGCUCCCCACGGGGAGGAGUGGGCUCCACCUGAUCUAGAGGGGGAGAGGGACGGGUAAGAGGAACGGAGGAAACACAAGUGUACAGCAGUUGAACCUGUUUAAUUGGGAAUAAUAUCCAACUUGCUGUCUGAUUCUUCAAUUCUAAAGAUGUCAUGCACCCGCCACUAUCACGUCUGGGACAAACCUACUCAUCGUCUUUAUAUAGCUGUUUCUUUCUGUGUACUAAUGGUCUCUUUAUCAGUAAAUGCCAUUGUGUCCCAGGCUUACUCUGAGUUCUAGGGGCUACAGCUCAAGGUAAUGGGCCCAAGUCAACCUUCUUUCUUAGAAAGGUGAUCACACAGAGAGAGAGAGGAGAUAACCAGGUAACUGGAGACGCACUUGUUGGCGUGGCCUAUUUUCUAUCCCUCUCUGAUCGCACUCCUUCAGCAGCCUCUCUCAUCCAACCAUCUCUUACCGACCCACUGCUGUGAUAUUUCUGUCCUUUGUUUGCUAGCUCUCUGAACCAGAGUAUUUGGGGUGUAUUCACAGUGCAACAUUUUUGUUUGACACCAUACUUUCUAUGCUCAAUGACUAGAAGUGUUCUUAACUCCUGGUAGCAUCAAACCCACAUCUUUUUAAAACUACAUUUCAUCUGAUAUAUGUUAGUUUAGAUGAUCACACCUAAUGUAGACAUCAUGAAGGCAAUGACAGUUGACAGGAAAAGAGAGACUAGAGGGAGGUAUGAAGACAGGGAAAGAGAAUAAGAGCAGGUUGACUGGCCAGUCCAGAGCCUCACCAGUGCUGGUGUCCGUGUUGUGGUGUGUGGCGGGGGCAUAGACACCCCCUCUCCGUGAGGUGCAUGUGAUCAGGGGGGCAAGGACUGACCGACGGUAAGGGAUCACACCUGUUGCCCCAUCAAUAUUUCACACUGCUGUUUACCUUGGCUGAUUCACACUCUGCAACACCCCACAAAUGAGCGCAAAUGUCUUCGGAAGGUUUGAAAAAUCAAAGUACUCUGUUGUCUUGUCCACUCUGCUCCCCUGCAGUUUGGUAUAGUGGUGUGGUCAGGAUGCGGUCAGUGAAAAAGAGAGGCAAUAGAGAGAUGCAACUUCUGAGUGCUGUUAAGGUGUCCUCCUCACCUCAGAGAUCUCCCAUCAACCCCUGCUUCCCCCCAGCAGCGUCAUGGCAACAGCCAGGUGUCAGGUAUCAGCUUACCUUGAGAGGCAGGGUGACGGCCAGUCAGAGUACCGUGCCUCUCUAAUACACGCAUUUAACAGUAACUACCUAGAUCUUGUUCCACCUCACUGGAAAAACAGUUGUAGUUGUAGUAGUAGUAGUAGUAGUAGUGUCUUUAUGAUUCACCGGAGUUGGCAUGUUCUGGUGAAGGCCAAUUUCACUUUGAAAGUCACUUUCAAAAUGUCAACCCUGAUCUGUAUGGAUUUCGAGGUGUGUUCCAAAAUGAGAACUAAAUGAAUGGUAGUAUUACAUGGAUGGGGCCUUGGCAGAUGUAACACAUCAGAUCCAAGUCAUAGGGACAUUAAUGCAGUGACGCCUGCACUGAAUUAUUUUGCCACAUGGUGGUGCUAAGUAACAACUCAAUAUUACCUUAUGGCCUGCUACUGUGCAGUACCUGCUCUGAGUCCUGUAGUAUUCUGUGUUCCAUUAUGUCAUGUGGAAGAUUGUGGAACACAUUGUCUUAUUAGCUAAAUGAAAAGAAGCCCACUAAAAGUACCGCACUAGACUAUACAUGAGAGAGAGAUAAGAGAUAAAGCUACCCUGUGAAUUAUGUAGAUGCAUAUGAAAGCCUAAAACGUAUUGUUUGCUGUUUGAAAAGGCUGAGACCACCGUGCAGGUGUUAUGUUCUACUGACUUCCUUCUGGUGGCUUUGGUUGUUGAUGGAUCGUGGUCUGACUAUAGUGGGAAAAGGCCCUUAUAUCAAACCAAAGCUCGUAUUUAGAUGGGAGGGAGCGCCGCUCAUCCUUAUAAUACUCUAAUCAGCAUUCAUACCUUGCCGGGAUGAUUAGGGACAAUGGCUUUUUAUUGUGGAAGUGAUCUCAUUGCAGAGUGGCAGAAUCAGCCCUUUAUACAGCCCAUCUCCUCCAGACCCCAUCCAUCACAGGGUGUCUGGGAGACUGAGAUGGUAGACACACACUAACUCAUUUAGAGAGAGUGACAUAUAGGGAUGUCACUCACAAGGUAACUCACUUAGGGUAGGUGAUAUAUUGGGACGUCACUCGCCAUCACUAACUCACUUAGAGGCAGCCGAUGUGGCGAAACGUGUUGGAUGCCCGACUUCCAUCAUGCCCCUUUUCAGCUUGAAUGACUGGUAAAUAAACCGAUGGAUGAUUUUUGGGGAGAUGUUGGCUACACUCAUCCAUCCAUCUAGAGUAUGCUCUGUGCAAUUAGUCUUACGACUGACACUUUGACCCGACGCCACCCUCCUCUCCUGGGGCCUCAGUUAUCAGCCGUGCGUAGGGUACUCGGGGGUAACUAGCCCCCCCUAAGAACAAUGUUUAAUUGCUGACACAAAAAAAGCUAAGAAAAUUGGAAAGAAAAUGAAUAUGUGGAUGAAGGUCAUGCUUAGGCGAAUAAACUAAAGGGAAAUAAAUGGCUACAGUUUACAUGGGGUAAAGCCCCAGUUACCGCGGUAGAUGAUUAUGGCAUAGGGUUUCACAGAAGUGUGUUAAAAUCCAUUGAAUCAGUUUUAUUUAGAAAUGCUUUAGUAAGCAAUACUUAAAAGCUAAGUCAGGUUGUCUUAUUUUAAUGAUUUAUAUCAAAUAUGUGAAAUGGUGUUGCACAUGUUUUUCUGCAACUAGUCCGUUUGGUGGAAACACACCACUAGUAGGAAAAUGCACAUAUUUUCUAUAUGCAGAGUUUUUCAGUCGCAUAUUGUAAUUCGGUCGCAUAUUAGUCUAGCGGCCAGCUAUCUUAAACUUGUAGUAAUCGUGGUCGAAUUACCGACCAGGGGCCCCCAUAGAUUAUGUUAGUCACUCUCACUCAGAUAUCAUAUUAAAAACUGCAAACAUUUCUCUCCGCCCCAUGGCAAAAUGUGUAGAAUUGUCACGACCGUCGUAUGAAUAAUUGGACCAAGGCGCAGCGUGAGUAGAGUUCCACAUUUCAAUGAUAGUGACACUUCCAAAACAACAAAGAUAUAACGAUUGUGAAAUACGUAGCGCACAUUAGCACUCAACCAAAAACAAUAUCCCACAUAGCAGGUGGGGAAAAGGACACACUAAGUAUGAUCCCCAAUUAGAGGUAAUGAAUAUCAGCUGCCUCCAAUUGGGAACCAUACACACACACACCAACAUAGAAAUAUAAUACCUAGAAACCCUCCUAGUCACGACCUGACCUAAAACAUCAUGCAGAACCCAAAGGGCUCUCUAUGGUCAGGGCGUGACAAGAAUUGCAGCAAACGUGCUUUAAAACUGCAAUAUUUUCUCUAAACCCCAUGACAAAAUGUGUAGAAUUGCAGGAAAUUAACAACAAAAAAACUGUCUCUCCAUUGUCAAGAGUGGAUCCACUAAAAUGUUUUGCUGUUAUGGCCCCCAAAACACGUGACUGCAUAUGUGGGUAGAAGACAUACGAGCCACUGCGAACCCUCAUGAGAAUUUAAGAUUUUUAGUGCUCCCCACCCCCAUGAAAGUUGCCCAUCCCUGCUCUACAACAGUAAAUCCAUUUUUUGGACUUAACUUACUUACCACUUUUCCCAUGUGAUUUCCUCCUUCACAGACUCCAUGAAACAAUGACUUCUUCCUUAAUAUUUGGUCAAAUUAUACAUUUUGUGUAGGCCUAUGGUUUCCUAGAAAUAAGGGGGGUCAACAUACUACCCCUUUGGCUCAACUUACCCCAAUCUACAUGUUUUCAUUGAUAAAUCAGACCCAAACUAUAUUUAUCAGCUCCUGAAGGAGAACCACAACCCGGCCUGGAAAACGUCCUCCGUUCACCAUUUAUGGGAACAACGCCUUAUUUGCUGUAUGACUUGGAGGUGUUGGAACUGGGCCAUGAUAGUUGUUAAAAGAAAGCACACUGGAAGAUGUGAUCACAUUUCUGUGGAGGUGUGGGCAGAAUGUUUAAAUUUUUUGCAGUGAUUUUUUAUUCAAAAAUAUGCUUGCCGCAAUAGCAAGUGCCAAACACUGGAUGCGCAUUCUGCAAGAUUGUUUGUUUAUUGAACAAUUUAAAAAAUAAAUGCUGCUUACAGUCCCCACUUCUAUACAAAAUGUGAAUUGUUGUUCAAUAUUUGGUUUAUCAAUUCAUGAUUGUUUCUAUUUCCUUCCUUGGUAUAGAGCCCCACAGUGGAGGUUUCAUAAUACCCAUAAAGCAAAGUGGUCAAACAGGGAAAUGGUUCCAAUCGUUUUUCCACCAUUCAUUUUUCCCAUAGGGGAUUUUAUAAACACUUCAAAUCAAGGCUGUGUUUCUAUAAAAACCACCUUGUCCUAGAGAGAUUUACAUGGUUAUCAAAACCUCACGCCAGGGUCAGCCUACACAACACACAGCCCUUAUUUGAAGUGUUUCUAAAAGACGCUAUGGGAAAAAUGACUGGUAGAAAAACGUUUGGAACCAUUUCCUUGUUUGACCGCUAGGUUAUAUGGGUAUUAUGACUCAUACUGUGGUACUCUAAAGGCUCUGAAAUUAAAACGGAUAUGAUGUCAAUCUCCUAUCGCACCUAUCGCAAUACUGUAGCCUACCCAUAUGCUUGCAAUACAGUUGAUCAACCACUAGAAGAUGUGCGUAGGCUAGAUGUAAUGAGUGCCAACUGUAUUUGUGUAAUAACCAGCAAUUAUAUAUUUAUAUUGAAAGCCAUGUAGCUGUAGCGAAUGCUUCCCAUAUUGACUCUGAACACAAUCAUUGAAAGGUUUGCCCUAGUCAUCUGUACUCUGAAAAACCAACAACAUUUAUGAUUGUAAUUCUCCAAUUUCUUUUUUUUGUAAUAAACAUCUAUACUCAUC